GCUGUACAUUAAAGAACGGCUGCUGCCAGAGGUUUCAGGCAGUUUCUCUACGUGUGCGCCAACAUGUCAUCACCUUCUGUUUGCCACUGGACAUUUACUCUCUUUCCACUUCGGUAUGCCAUAGCAGCGAUGGGUAUACUGGCAAUCCUCUCCCAGUAUAUAUUGAAGGUGACUCUGUCGGUGGCUAUUGGUGGAAUGGUCAAGCAAGUAGCUCAGGAAACCUCGGCGGAUGAAACUUGUCCCCUGCCAGACACUGCAAGUAUUAACUCGACAGACAAUGAGGGAGGACAAUUUGAAUGGGAUGAGGACAUGCAAGGUUACAUACUGUCCUCCUACUACUACGGGUACGCAGCUGUGAACAUAAUCGCUGGUUACCUGGCUGCCCGGUACAGCGCCCGUUGGGUUUUCAUCACAGGGCUGCUCGCUGCCGGUGUUUUCACGGUCGUGGGUCCUAUCUGUGCCGAUGCUGGCCCCGUGGUCUUCAUGAUAACACGCUUACUCGUAGGCACAUUCUCAGGUGUUAUCAUACCAGCAAUGCACGUGCUACUUGGCAAAUGGUUCCCUGAAAACGAGCGACAAAGACUGGGAGGACCCAUUUUCUCAGCGGCAUACUUGGGCACCGUAAUAUCAAUGGCUUUGUCAGGAACCAUUGUGAAGAACCUGGGCUGGUACUCUGUGUUCUACAUUUUCGGCGGCGUCGCAAUAGCUCUAGUGAUUCCAUGUUUGUACUUUAUCUACGAUGAGCCUGAGUCGCACCCUAGGAUCACAGAGAAAGAAAAGGACUUUCUUUUGACUCACACUGGUAGAGAUCUGACAGAAAGCAAAAAGAAGAAGGAGCUUGAAAAGGAGGAUGAACUCAUUCGGAACCCGUGGCCUCUCAUCCUGACUUGUCCUGCUAUGUGGGCGCACAAUAUAAUUUCAAUUGGAGGGGCGUGGGUCAACUACACACUGCUGUCUGAGUUGCCAACCUACAUGGAAAAUAUACUUCACUACGACAUCGACGAGGCUGGCCUCAUCUCAGCUCUGCCUUAUCUAUUUGGUUGGAUGAGCUGCAGUAUUUACAGCUUCCUGACAGAGAAAUUAACACAGAGAGGCGUACAUAUUAUGACUAUCUUCAGAAUAUGGGACGCAGUAUCUUGCAUGGGGCCUGCGAUCUGCUUCCUGGCGCUGACCCUCAUCAACUGCGACAUACCGGCCAUCAUCACGCUGUUCGUCUUCACCAUGGUGUUCCGCUGCGCCAUAUACGGCGGCUCCUACCUCAACCACAUCUACCUGUUCCCACGGGCCUACGGAAGUGCGGCUGGUCUCAACCUGACUCUGGGCAACUGCUCUGGGAUCGUCACUCCGAUAGUCACCAGCGCGUUUGUAUCGGGCCGGCAAACAAUACAGCAGUGGAAAUACGUCUUCUACGUGGCGAUGACACUGUCAGUUAUACCGUAUUUCGUGUUCCUCAUUUUUGGUUCUGUUGACGACCAGGAAAUUAAAUGGGAAGAGCGCAGAGAGAAGAAGAGGAAACAGAAACUGGGCCAAUAAGUAUGAUUCUGAAUUGUGCUGACGCUGUGUGGUACAUACGAGGUAGCAAAACGCAGUCGAAACCAAUAAGAAACUGGUCGUACUUCUGCCGAGAUGCAAUUAAAUAACGUCACAAGGACGUAGUCAAUGCUGGGUGACUGAAUACGAAUCAGUGCACAUGGAAAGCAACUGUUUGUGUCAGUCUAUGUCGUGUUUUCGUUCUACGAGUCAGUUAGCAGCGACGUGAACAGAUCAAGAAGAAUGCAUUAAGAAGCGAGAGAUGGGAAUGUGUGCUAUUGACACACCAAUACUUCUGACAUGUUUAUUAAUGGUAGAAUAAAUGUUCCCGAAUUUCUGUUAAAAAUCUAAUAUUAUUUUCUUUUGAUAUAUUUGUAAGAAAAGCUGUGAGAAUCUCUUUUGCAUUGCGAAUAUCGUAGCUGAAUCCACCUUUUUAAAAUUCGAGAAAGAUUGUUUCUUUCUUGACUGGGACAGAGUAGUGUAACAACUGAUCAAUGAGGAUAGAGCAUAAAAAUUCUAUCAUUUAUAAUCUGAAUUUCAAGUCUUUCACUAUCUAUAAUGAAACCGCCUAUAGCGAUAUAAUAAUGUAAAAAGCUGGGUUACCCUUGUGUUUAUUGUCAUGAGUGUGCAAUUACCUUAAUGA